AUGGCUUCCAAACAAACCUCCAAACUAUCAACAAAGUCGAAUACCAUUCAAUCACCAAAAUUGCCAGUUGCUCAAGGCCAUAGAGUAGUAAAUCAGGUCAAUAAUGCAUCUGAACUAUCACUCCUGUCAAAUUUCAAUGGGGAACCUGCUAUUGUUCCGGAGCCGCGGCCCUCGAUGGGACUUCACUUGGCAGACUUCAGUGUCGAUGUCUCUGAUCUUGAGAAAAUGCGAACAUUCCCAAGCUCAGUGCCUCUCCCCGACCUUGAUGGUGACCUGGAAUUUCUUGACUUCUUCGAUCCAUUUUUAGGCUUGCCUCCAAAGCAACUUGAGGCGUUCGCCAUACCACCUCUCGGCGGCAACACGGAUGGCUGGUCACCCCUAGAAAACUUUUCUGGUUCGAGCCAGGCCUCGAUGCAGGAUUACGGCUUCCAGCAAAACCACCUUUCAACCGCACACGAGACACCCUCAGUUGACGAUUCCAAUCAAUCAUGGGAAACGGCCAGUCAUGCAAACUCGCGUUCCAAAGAAUGCCCCAUCUCAUGGGACGAGACUUCAGCUCAAGUUUUCACGACACCGCGCGUUGAAAUUGAGGGCCUUUCAAGUUUCCAGGUUCCUCAGACAAGAUACCCCAAACCCCCGGCGCUUACUUUCUCCGAAUCAAUGCGGGCUCAUCUGCUGAAGGACCUGUCGAAUAGACUUGCCCCUGAGCAAUUGAUCGGUUUCCGAUUGCCCAGCGCAGCUGCACUCCAGAAGUGCAUCCGAACUUACAUCGACGCCUUCCACGUCCACCUGCCCAUUUUCCACCUUCAGACAAUGGACUUUGAAACGACGCCAUCGCCCCUCAUUCUCGCCAUAUGUGCCACUGGCGCCCUUUAUCGACUAGAAAGAAAGAUUGCUGCUUUUUUAUAUCUGAAAGCAGACCAGGCUCUGGCUGCCGCUGUCCUUGACCGCGGCGAGCAUCUCCACAAGAAGCCACGGCUCCUUGAAGAGUGGGUUCAGCCACGACCUCAGUCGCCAAAGUCGACGCCAGAAUCUCUGUGGAAGGGUCAAACUCGAUUGCUGCUUGCAAUGCUCAGCUGCUUCAGCGGCGACACGGAAGUGAUUUCAAAGGCUAUCACACGGCUCGGUGACUUUCUCGUGGACUUCCGUGAAUUGGCACCAACUAUAAAGCCUCGCAAAAGCGGAGAGGAGUGGCUGACUUGGCGGGCAUGGAUCGAAAGGGAGAGUGUCAAGAGGUUAUUGUACGGCCAGAUAGCGUUUGGGAAUCUGGUGACAAUGACAUAUGGGAUCCCGCCGGGGUAUUCGGUGGUUUCGGAUGGUUUCAUCGAGAUGCCGUGUGACCAAUCUCUGUGGGAUGCCCUCACGGAAGAGCAGUGGCACGAAGCGGCAACGCGAAAAGGUCAGUACUCAUCACUCAAUGUCAAGCAAGCCGUCUCGAUGGUCAUGAACGGAAAUUCCACCAAGACGGUGCCGCAAGAGUGCUGGGAGUGGUCACCCUUCGCGAUCAGCGCGGUAAUUAACGUCAUUUCAAUCCACAUCUGGCACAUUACCCAAGGAUCAUAUUUCUUCGGCGAGUUCUCCAGUCCGGGACAGUCGAACGAAACGCAAAAGUCCCAGACUCUUGCCCAAACGGAGGCUGCCCUCUCAAGAUGCCGGGCCUUAAUCACCCAGGCCAGUUCUGACGCGGACUAUCCUUGGACGGAGGCCGAAACACCACUGUUUUUCAACUGCCUGGCGCUGUUGCGGGUCAGCUAUUGUCGGGCAUUUACAGGACAUAGCGCUGCCGAUUCGAUGAUGCUGCUCCAGGAAAGCCAGGAAGAAUUCAUAGCUUCUAUUGAGGAUUUUGUCGCGCUGCCGCAAAACCGAGGCAAUCUCGUGGCAAGAGCGGUCAGCCGGGCAUUUGAGGGCAUGUUGAUACCGUACAAAGCGGGAACUAUGCUCAUCAAGAAGACGGCAGCCUUGACCUGGGCGGUCGGACACGCGUUGGCGGGGUGGGAGGUGGCAUUACUGGUCACGAAAUGGGUGCAUGCAAUAGAAGUGGAGACCCGGUCAAGGAGUGGUGGAUCGAUCAGCGAGCUGGAGACCCAGACCAUGCAAGCCAUCAGAAACCUGCUGUCGGAGCUGGAGGACGGGUUCGACAUCGAGGGGGGCUCUUCCCUGGCGGCCAAGCUGGCUAGAUACUGGGCCGGAUUCUACGAUGAUACCUGGGUAUGGGGUUUGACCCCUCGGAUGGGAUAUAUCCUGCGCGAGUUGGCGAACUGCUACGAGAGCAAACUGGCGGCUUCAUGA